AUGAGCUUCCUGGGGAUCCCACCUCCCAACGGGGAGUCUUCUUCCUCCGCUGAGCGAUUCAAUAGCAUGGCCUCUCAGGGGCUCAACAGUAUGACUCCUCAGGGGUCGCACCCGCCCGUCUCCUACAACCAAGUGUCUCAGUAUCAACUCAGACCUGGCGGGACCGGCUCCCGGGACUCGUCCGUUAUUCGAGGCAUCAACGGCGACUUUCACCCCGGUGUCCAAACCCCUCGAUCAGGCGUAACCCAAGCCUCAUGGCUCACCCACGGCGGAAACGACUCGAGCCUCUCCUUCACCUCGUCCAUCCAACAAGAAGAAGCCAAGCUACGCUGGGACUCUGACGAAGAACUCAAAAAAAUGUCCAAGUCGAUGCUCAUGCUCCAGAAAUGGGGUCUCAUCAUCGGCCUCGUCGGGCUCAACGCUGCACUCGUCUACAUCGGAUGGAGAUACUAUGAGGUGUACUACUUCCUCCUCGUUCUCCUCAGCUCGAAUACGAUUCUGCAAACGUUCAUGUGCUUUUGUAUCAUGCUGCACUGGUUUUGCACGCAUAUUCUCUGCUUUUGGUGGAAGCCCAAGGAAAAUGUUCCGGAUGAGCCAGAGAAGAUGGUUCUUUUGCUCCCUUGCUACAACGAGACGUACGAAGAGUUGACACGAUCCCUGGACUCUUUGAUUACGCAAAAGAACAUCGACAACCAUCCGCGUGUCAUUUUUAUCGUCGUUGACGGAAACGUGCGCGGUCCUGGCAUGACAAAGACCACUCAAGGCUAUCUUCUCGAGGACAUCCUGGAACCAGGCCCAUCUCGCGACUUUGAGAACGGCUACCGUGCUCGCGACGGCCUCUUCAUGCCAGUCAAGACACAGACUGGGUUCUACAGGGGCAUUCCAUACGUCUUUGUCGGCAAGCGAUACAACCAGGGCAAGCGAGACAGUCUCUGCUUUGCCCGAUCGCUACUCUACCACUUCAAGCAGCGUUCCGAGAACGUCGUCACAAUGUUCAACAAUGACCUGUUUGAGUAUAUUGGCAACAACUUUGUCCAAGCUGGUCUUGAUGACGUUACGUACCUCUGUGGUAUGGAUGCCGAUACUGUCUUUGACGAGUUCUGCAUCUGGGAGAUGAUCAAAGAGAUCCGCAAGAACCCCAAGCUUGUCGGCGUGUGUGGUCACGUAUGCGUCGACUUUGACGGUCACAACUGGGGUCUUUGGUCUCUGUAUCAGUCUGUCGAGUACUCCCAGACACAAAGCCUUCGCCGCAUGUUCCAGUCUCGCAUUACGGGAAAGGUCAAUUGUCUGCCCGGUUGCUGCCAGCUCAUCCGCGUCGACGAGGCCACGUUUGGCGAUGCUGUCCUCAGGGAGCGUUUUGGAUACUGCCCCAAGCCUAACGAUAUCAUGACACAACACAUCAUGGGUAACUACUCAGAGGACAGUAUCCAUGCUUCCAUCAUCUUCAGUCUCUUCCCCGGCAAGCAGACAGCGCAGGCUCUUCGUGCCAAAGCCAUGACUAUUGUCCCACAGACCUGGAAGGUUUUUCUGUCUCAGCGCAAGCGUUGGGCUCUGGGAAGCAUCUCGAAUGAGUUUGUCAUGAUAUUUCGACCGGGAAUUAUCCCCAUCGAGAGACUGCAAAGUGUGAUUGCUGUCGUGACUUGGGCCAUCACUCCAUUCAUCAUCGCGGCGUUCGUCGAGCUCCUCAUGGUGUUUGCCAAGAGAGGAAGAGAGGUGAUGCAGGAUCCCGUCUUUCUCGGUCUCAUCUGCGUUUUAUUCUUCCGCUAUCUCUACUCAUUCUGCAUUGGCUUCUGGCUGCCACGCAACAACCUCGAGCGAGCCCAGUACUUUGCAGGCUUCGUUCUUCAUCUCUUUACUUCUCCGUUCAUGAACAUUAUUAUUCUGGUUUAUUCCCUGAUAUACUCCGACGACUUCAAGUGGGGCAAGACUCGCGAAGUUGUUCGCGAUAGUAACGAAAAGGACGGCGAUGAUGUCGGUGGGCGAGGCACGCAUUGA